UUGAUCAUAGCCAGUGGCGGAUUUAGAGGGGGCGCAGGAGAAAACGAGAAAGCCAUUGGUCCAUGGAAUACACCACGCCCGAAAUACACUUAUCAUCUGUGAGAGUGUGUGUACACAGGUAUGACAAAUGAUCGCCCCCACUCCGCAACAAUCCUUUAGAACUCACUUUUAAAAAAUCCCCAUGUUUUGAAAAAUAAUCAAUGCUGUAUCGCCCAAGAGUUCAUGUUCCGGAACAUCAUCUGCGUGCGGUGCGAGUUUUGCAGUCACUGGUUGGAUAAUCCCUCCCAAGAAUAUUGAGUUUAAACAGUUAAAGAGCAGAGGCAAUCAAAGCGCACGGUAACAUAUUUUGUGAGGACGGUCUAACAACAAGCAAAAGAAAUGGCAGCAAAGAUCCGGGUGCUAAUAGUUGUUUCAAGUCAUGCAGACCUUGGCAAUACCGGGCAGAAAACGGGGUGGUAUCUUCCAGAAGUUGCCCAUCCGUAUGAUAUCUUUACUAAGGCUGGAUUCGAAGUGGAUUUUGUUAGUCCUAAGGGUGGAAAUGCACCUUUGGACCCCACAAGUGCAGAAAUGUUUAAGGAGGAUGCGACAUGUCAAGAUUUUCUGAAAUCAGGGGUUGAAAAAGUAAAAACCACCAUGAAACCAUCAGAAGUAGAUAUAAGCAAGUACAAGGUUUUCUUUUACGCUGGUGGCCAUGGCCCGAUGUUUGACCUGCCAAAGAACGAUGAGAUUGCUAACCUGUGCAGUAAGGCCUACGAAAAUGGGGCUGUGGUGUGUGCCGUCUGUCAUGGAACCGUUGGUUUAGUACCGGUGAAAUUAUCUAAUGGAGAAAGCAUUCUGAAGGGACAUACAGUGACAUCAUUUACAAAUGCGGAAGAAGACUUAAUGAAACUAUCAGAGGCCAUGCCAUUUCUACUGGAGACAAAACUAAAAGAAUUGGAGGCCACUUUCAUCGCCGCUAACUGUUUUGAAAAAAAUGUGCAGGAGAGUGGUCGGAUCAUUACAGGACAAAACCCGGCUUCAGCUGGACCUAUGGCCGAAAAAGUUGUCUCCCUUGUAAAAGCAUCAUAAUGGAGUGUAAUGUCACUUGAUUUUUAUUAGUUGUCGUUAUCAUAUACCCACUAGUUGUAAACAAAGUUUUGUAUAAUAAUGUUGUGCAAUGUAGUAAAAAAUCGAGAGAGAAAA